AUGACAUUUUCGGAGAUUACUAUUCGUCCGUGGGACAUUGGAAUGGCAAACCAUAGACUUAGCUACGAUUUUCACGGUUGCGACUUAAGUUGGGGAUCUCCCUGGUCCAACCUUAACUGGUCGUCCAUUACAGGAAGUUACCUCUGGUCGAACGGUUACUUCUCAACUUGCUGA